UUGUGUCAGGGGCCUCAUCCUGUUUUGGUUGAAUUAAAUGAGCGCUGGGAGAAGGUGGCUCUGAAAUAGCUUGUAGUAAAUUGUUUUUGUUAGUUUUAAAUGAUGUGCGUCUGCAUUGAUGUUCAGAUAAUGUCUGUUAGGUUUGUAAAGCUCCUGAGCUGUACGUUUAGAAAAGUGAAAACGUAUUUUUCAGUGAUAAAUUACUUGAUACUUAAAAGGCUUUGAAAGAGGAAUGUCCAAAGCAUGCAGCAUAAUUAUUGUUUGUACAGGUAUUUUAAAGUUAUUCUCUGCCUAACCCAUCUGAGUUUUCUGAAGGCCAGUAAUGUAAGGAAUGGUGGUCUUACUCAGGAAACCUUUCUCAUCUGUCAUUUCAGUUACAGGAUUUAACUGAGAAUGGGAGAAAUCCAUCUUUUAGCUGAUGUCUUACCAUUUACAUUUGUUCUGAUUUUUUUUUUCUUCACUGCUAUAAAAGCAGUAUCUACAGUGCUCAAAAAAAUACUGUUUCAUAAAAGUUGAAAGGGAACAUUACCUGUGAAUUAAACUAAAAUACCUUAAGCCUAUCCAGCACAUUCCUAGCAUUAAACAGUCGGAGAAGACUAGGUAUUUCCUAUUUAUUUUUCAGAUUGGCUGGAAUAUGGUCUUUCCGGAAAAUGGUCCUCAGACGGUUGAAGGGGAAAUCUGAUUUUUCAUCUCCUGAGAACAUUUUUUCUGAGUGACUCCGUCUUCCAGACACAUUUGCCAUGAUAAGGGUUUCGAUCCUUUCCCAUAUUUGCCCUGAGUCAUGAGUGGAUAUGUGUGAUGCCUGCAAGUAAAACUGGGUAAGAAGAGUGACCUUUUUGGGUGGCUGUAACUGAAGAUUGCUUUACAGGAGCAACUGAAGAAGGUUUUUGAGUCAUGAUGCAAGAAUCUGGGACUGAGACAAAAAGUAACGGUUCAGCCAUUCAGAAUGGAGCAAGCGGUGGCAACCAUUUACUAGAGUGCAGCCUGCGGGAAGUGAGAUCAAACGGCGAGACACCUUCAGUUGAAAUUGGGGCUGCAGAUUUAGCACAUCUUCAGCAACAGCAGGCUCUCCAGGUGGCACGGCAGCUUCUACUGCAACAGCAGCAGCAGCAGCAGCAACAGCAGCAGCAGCAGCAGCAACAAGUUAGUGGAUUAAAGUCUCCGAAGAGGAAUGACAAACAGCCAGCCCUUCAGGUUCCAGUGUCGGUGGCUAUGAUGACACCUCAAGUGAUCACUCCCCAGCAAAUGCAGCAGAUCCUCCAGCAACAAGUGCUAACUCCCCAGCAACUCCAAGUCCUGCUCCAACAGCAGCAGGCACUCAUGCUUCAACAGCAGCAGCUUCAAGAGUUUUAUAAGAAACAACAGGAACAGUUGCAGCUUCAACUUUUACAGCAACAACAUGCUGGAAAACAGCCUAAAGAGCCCCAGCAACAGCAGGUGGCUACGCAGCAGUUGGCCUUUCAGCAGCAACUCUUACAGAUGCAGCAGUUGCAACAGCAGCACCUCCUGUCUUUGCAGCGUCAGGGGUUGCUAACAAUCCAACCCGGCCAGCCUACUCUGCCUUUGCAACCCCUUGCACAAGGCAUGAUUCCAACAGAACUGCAGCAGCUCUGGAAGGAAGUGACAAGCUCACACACAGCGGAGGAGGCAGCCAGCAACAACCACAGCAGCCUGGACCUGUCCACCACCUGCAUCUCCUCCUCCGCGCCGUCUAAGACCUCCUUAAUCAUCAACCCGCACGCCUCAACUAACGGACAGCUAUCAGUCCACACUCCUAAACGGGAGAGUUUAUCCCAUGAGGAGCACUCACACAGCCAUCCGCUCUAUGGACACGGCGUAUGCAAAUGGCCGGGCUGUGAAGCAGUAUGUGAAGACUUCCAGUCGUUUCUAAAACAUCUCAACAGUGAGCAUGCGCUGGAUGAUAGAAGUACAGCCCAAUGUAGAGUACAAAUGCAGGUUGUACAGCAGUUAGAGCUACAGCUUGCAAAAGAUAAAGAGCGCCUGCAAGCCAUGAUGACACACCUGCAUGUGAAGUCAACUGAACCAAAAGCCACCCCUCAGCCCCUGAAUCUGGUAUCAAGCGUCACGCUUUCCAAGACUGCAUCCGAGGCAUCUCCGCAGAGCUUACCUCAUACUCCCACCACCCCGACUGCGCCCAUCACUCCCGUCACGCAGGGACCGUCGGUCAUCACUACCACGAGCAUGCACAAUGUCGGACCCAUCCGGAGGCGGUACUCGGAUAAAUACAACGUCCCCAUUUCUUCAGAUAUUGCCCAGAACCAAGAAUUUUAUAAGAACGCGGAAGUUAGACCACCAUUCACGUAUGCAUCUUUAAUUAGACAGGCCAUCCUUGAAUCUCCAGAAAAACAGCUAACACUAAAUGAAAUCUACAACUGGUUCACGCGAAUGUUUGCCUACUUCAGACGCAACGCGGCGACGUGGAAGAAUGCAGUGCGUCAUAAUCUUAGUCUUCACAAGUGUUUUGUGCGAGUAGAAAACGUUAAAGGGGCAGUAUGGACAGUGGAUGAACUAGAGUUCCAAAAACGAAGGCCACAAAAGAUCAGUGGUAACCCUUCUCUUAUUAAAAACAUACAGACCAGCCACACCUACUGCACACCUCUCAAUGCUGCUUUACAGGCUUCAAUGGCUGAGAACAGUAUACCUCUAUACACUACUGCUUCCAUGGGAAAUCCCACUCUGGGCAAUUUAGCCAACGCGAUGAGGGAAGAGCUUAAUGGUGCAAUGGAGCAUACGAACAGUAACGGGAGUGACAGUAGUCCAGGACGUUCCCCUAUGCAAGCAAUGCACCCCGUGCAUGUCAAAGAAGAACCGUUAGACCCAGAUGAAAAUGAAGGCCCGCUAUCCUUAGUGACAACAGCCAACCACAGUCCAGAUUUCGAUCACGACAGAGAUUAUGAAGAUGAACCUGUAAAUGAGGACAUAGAAUGAGUAUGUCUGACAUCGUUAUCCUGAGAAUGAAGAUUGGAAGAACACGUCAAACUUAGCUGUGAAAUCUCUCCAUUAUUGUACAGUCUGGAGGAUUCUCAGUCCACUUUGACAACUAUGAAAUAUGUUAACUCUUAGUGCCAUCAAGUAUCCCAUUUGGGAGUAUUUUUGAUUUUUCUACUUUUUGUUGAAAAAAGGAAUUUGUACUCUGUGCAUUGGAUGGACUUGUUUGGUACUUGGGAUUUUCUUCUCUUACAGUCAACAUCAGUGUUGUAAAUUUGCUAAACUGAUUCACUUGCAUUUAGCAGCCAGCUGUGGACUGCAGGUCCUGCCAAUUUUGGACACUUGAGGACAUCAAACUGAGCAUGUACACCUGAACUGCAGAUCAAGUCUUCGCCCAGAUUUUAAGGAUUCCAAUGGACAACAUAUUUGCACAGUACUGCAUGUUGAUUAUCACUGCCUUUACUCCAUUUUUUUUUGGUUUUUUUGUUGGUUUCUUUUUUUUUUUUUUUUUUUUUUGCUUCCAUUUGGGAUGGGGAAGGCCUGUGUGUGCACGUGUGUGGAUAUGUGUGUGUGUGUGUGAGCGUGUAUAUUGGGGGAGGGGUUAAAAGAAAAAAUUAUCCCAAACUUUUUAAUGUAUUGCUUUUAUUCCCCCGCCCCACUUCUCCUCUACCAUUUUAAGUUCUGACCUCAGGCCUCAUCUGGGCCCAGGGCCUCUCAGAGGCUUCAACGUUUUCUGUACUUUGUGAUGAAUGUUAAUAGGUGUUUUUAUUAUACGAAGCUGAAUGUCAUUGAAUUGUUUGUAGUUUUUUCUGUCAUUCAUUCCAAUUUCCUUCAGAUGCCACCAUGUUUUCUUUAGCUAUGGAAAACAUUCCAUUUUGGUGUCUUCUUUUUUUGUUGUUGUUUUUUGAAAAGGUCCCAAAUGCUGCACUAUACAUGUGGAAGGGUUGUCCAACAGAGAGAGAGGAAUGAAGUACUGCAAGAAUGAGAAUGAAUGACAGAUGAACAUAGAAACACUGUAGGAAGCAACACAGAUUCAUUCCACAAAGCAGUAUUUUUAAUUUUUUUUUUUUUUGGUUUGGGUUUUUUGAUAUUAUUUUUUUUUCGGCAGCAACGGUGAAUAUUAGCAAAUGCCACAAAAUUGAACAGCACAAAGAAAUAUAUGCAGCACCAACAGAGUUCACUUUUAUUAGAGGAUGAAUAGUACAGUGGCAGGUUCUCGAAAGUUUAACACGAGUUCUAAUGGGUCAACAAAUCUUUCUGGAAUAUCUAAGAUUACCGAGAUGGGCACCUAUACAUUUAUUAUUACAAUUUUUUUAAUUUUUUUUCUUUUUGCAUUUGCAUUUGCAAAUAGUGGUUGGAAAGAUGACUUCAUUAAAUUGUUAUUGUACAUGGUGAUGUUUCACGGUUAAACAUCAGUUCAGGAUUGCUUGGUGGCAUUAAUCUGUUUGAAUACAAAUUAGAUUUCAGAUUGAACUUGUUACGGGAGUUAAUAAGGACGGAGCCCCACUAAUGCUAAAGUGUUAAUUUUCAGCUGUGCAAAUGCAGUACUGCAGUUAAGAUUGUUAUGCAAUAUUACACCAGCCAGUAUGGAAACCUCGCCGUAGGAGACAGGAGAUCUAGGAGAGAAUUCGCACCGGGGCUUGUUAGGCAAAACUGGCAAGGCUCUUCAAAGCAAACAUGACAUACAAAAUUUGUUGCGAUAGGUCAGUAAACCUCGUUCACCAAACACCUAAACAUUUUCAUUUUACAACCACUUUUCCGUCACUCAUUUAUUUAUGUAGGACUGUAGGUUUUUUAUUAUUUCAAAAAGCCUUUCAGAGCUUAAUUUAUAUUCUUCUUUGUACCUUUUUUUUCCUAAAAUUACCAAAGAUAUUACACAAAGGUAAAUUAUGUUCUCUGUUAUAUGCUUUAUCUUAUGAAGCCAAAUAUCCUCUUAUUGUUGAUCAAAGGAGGUUGAAGAAUUUAGAGGGAAAUGACAAGAUGUGGGCUAUUGCUAACCUGAGAGGGAAACUGCUCCUUUAUUCUAGAAAAUUUAGAAGGCCAAGUAGAUGUCUGAACCAAAGUUGUUACUUUUUAUUUGCAAUUCUUUACAGUGACCAAAACGAAAGUCUGUAAAGAGGAAUUGAGGAGAGCUUUUGAGGCUAAAACUAGGAAUCAGUGUUGCUGGUGGAGCUAUGAGAAGGGAGCUGGAGAAAGCAAAGACACAGUUAUUUCGCGGAAAAUUAGAGUAUCAGAUAAAGGAGGCAGUUUAAUAAAAUACAGAAGAGAACAGAAAAGCUCCCACAAUUUAACUGGACCACAUAAUAGUAUUUCUAGAAUUAAAUGAAAAAAAAAAAUUUUUUUGGUCUUUGGUUCUACAGAUUGUGUGCCACUUCUGUUUCGGGACUGUGCUAGGAUGACUGCUUUAAUUUUGGUUGAUCUUGGCACAUUUGCUCAGUUUUGUUUAGUUUUUGGUCAGCAUUUUUCAUAAGGAAAUAACACUCCUGUCCACUCAUAAGCUUUGGUACAAAAAAUUUUAUUGGCAGUUACUUUUAUAAAACUCAACUCUGCUUUCUGUUUCAAAAGACAAAAAAAAAAAAAGAAGAGAAAAAAAGGGCAGUCUGUGGUCAUUUGAAACAUUUUUUUGUUUUGUUUAAAUUAUAUCCAGGCAGCUUCGUGACGUGCCGGCGGUAGCCAGAUGGGGAUCAUGAGAAUUGAGCCCUGUGCUUCUAAACUGAGUGGUUUGCUGGUUAGUUCGGUAUUCAGAAGGGGAUAAAAAUCUGGUAGAUUAGUUCAUUCUCAGCAUGUGUAGCUAGACAUGAGUAAAGAUAACAGCAUGAGAAACUGUUAGUACGCAUACCUCAGUCCAAACUGUUAGGGAAUGAGUAAAUAAAAAAUACAUUUCACUCAGUUGCACUUAGUUGUAUGUCUUGCAUGCUUAGUCUAAAGACUGUAGCAAAAAUAAAAAAAAUAAAAAAAGAGAAAAAGAAGUAAAAAAUUAGAUUUUAACAUAUCUGGCAGGUGUCACAGCCUUGCAGAAGAACCAACUGAAAAUCUCAGGCUUUACAUCAAGCAAACUUCACUAUGAUUUUUACAAUUCUGAUUCUGUAUCCCUUUGGAUAUACAGUUGCUUCUUUAGGGAGGGGUUUAUUAUGUUGUACAUAUAUAUCCCACUGUGUCUGUGUGAGCCUUUGUCUUUUGGGGGGAGGGUGGGGAGGGAGGAAAAGGUGGAAAGGUCCUUUUUUUAGAUAUCAUUCCUCAAAAGGAAUAAACGCAGACCUGUUUGUCAAAACACCUUUUGCUUUUUGUGCAACUGCUUUAUAUUAACUAUACUAAAAAAAAUAGCUUUGAAAAAAAAAAACUACUGUAUGUAAUGGAAUUGCAGAAUACGCUGCACAUGUAUUUUAUUUAGUUAUCCUUGCUUUAAGAAUAUUGGAUGACAUUUGCUGACAUGUGGGAGAAAAUCCCUGACUUUUUUUUCAGCUUUUAAAUUGUAACAUAGUUGACAGAUUUUUUUUUUUUCUCCUGUUAUCAUUGAUCCAAGCAUUUUUGUACAGUUCUUGUGUUUAAGCUGUUUUUUUGAUACUUUCCCACCCCUUCUGUUAUCUUACCACUGCCUUUUCUGGCUGUCUUAAACAAAGUUCAUAUAUUUGAAAGGAAAAAAAAAAAAAAGUCAUUUAAAAAAAAAAAAAGUUUUUCUCCUGCUGCAGUAAAUAUUUUGCAUGAUGAAUUCCAGGGUCACACUUUCAAAGUUUAUCAGUGAAGUAGUGAUUAAUAAUGGGGAGUGUCAAACUAUUGAACUUUUGUAUAAAAAAAAAAAAAAACUUUACAAGGUGCCAAGAUGUAAAGACAAUUUGUUACAUGUUUUUUUUCUCAAAGAAAAGCGUACAUUAUGAAAGUAGUACCAUGUAUCAGGUAAAAUCGCUGUCAGGAAUGAGAGUCAAAGCCUUCCUUGUCCACAAAAAAAAAAAAGUUUGUAAAUGUAAAACCUGUUAGGUUUCUGCAUUCAACUAGAAGUGAAAUGAAAAAUCAAGGCUUAUGUAGAAUAAGUGACCACAAAAAAUGAUCACCUUUUUUGAUUCUCACUCGCAAGAGUCCCGUUGCAGGUCCUGCACCUCCCCUCUCCUGGAGCUCCCGCUUCGGGAAGAGGGCGGGGCAGGGAUUCUGGUUCUACAAAUAUUGCAGAUCAUUAGAUAUUUUAUAUAUAUACAUACAUAAAUAUAUAUAUAUAUAAAGUUUUUAAAAAUAAUUUUGAACUAUUGUAGUUUUCAGAUCGCCAAUAAUCUCACGUUCAUUAUAGCAUGGAAAAAAAAAUGUGUUUAAACUCUUUUGAAAUCCUUUGGUACCUUUGGUUAAUGAACUCAGAGUGAGUUUUUAGAUGUUUCAGAAGUCAUUUAGUAUUCUAGUCUUGCGAGGUGAAUUUGCAGUUAACGACUGCAUUUUAAUGGGCCCAGAACAGGUAACAAAGUAUCUUCUACCCAUAAGCCUUGAUGAAAAUGGUACAGUCCAGACUGUUAGCAUGGUGCUUUGUGUGUAUGUGCUGCCAGUAACAAGAUUUUUUUUUUUUUUUUGAUAAGGCAUAAAAGAAACUCAUUCCUUACAUCAACUGUAAUUCCAUCAUUCCAUGUCUGUUGAUACAGACAAUAAAAAAUGUUGUGUAGUCAGUACUAAUUACUGACAUUAUAGCAUUCUCAAAUGCAAUAAAAAUGCUGGUUGUUCACACUGGUAA